AUGAUGGAAAACAUAAUUGAUGACCUCGUGAACGCAACAAGCAAGCUCCUCGCCGCCGCACCCCCAGCCUCCCGCGUCCUAAUCAGCGUCUCCGGCACCCCCGGCAGCGGCAAGACCACGCUCGCCGGAAAGGUCGUCAACCGCCUCAACGCCCUUGACCCAAACGUCGCGGCAAUGAUCCCCAUGGACGGCUACCACCUGACCCGCGCCGCCCUCUCCGCAAUGCCCAACCCGCUCGAGGCCCACGCCCGCCGCGGUGCGCCCUUCACCUUCGAUCCCGUGGCUCUUAAGCAGCUCGUGCUACGUCUCAAGGCGCCCAUCACGCCCGACUCAAAGACCAUCUUUGCGCCCAGCUUCGACCACGCCAGGAAGGACCCCGUCGAGGAUGAUAUUGCCAUCCUAACGACACAGAGAAUACUUGUUUUCGAAGGCAACUAUCUAUCCCUCAAAACCGAGAUCUGGGGCGAGAUCUCGGCGCUCUUCGAUGAGCUGUGGUUUGUAUCUGUUGAUCGGGAUAUUGCGAGGAAGCGCUUGAUUGCGAGGCACCUAGCAGCUGGCCUGGUGGACACGGAGGAGGCGGCAGCAAAGCGGGCGGAUGAGAACGAUUUGGUCAAUGGGGACUACAUCAUAGAGAAUAUGUGCACGCCGAGUAGGGUGAUUAGGAGUGUGGAGGAUUUGGAAUAUGCAAAUUCGGAAUAG